UCCCCUCCGCGACACUUCUCUGCUCUCCGAGCCCCGGUGCGGUGCGUUUACUAGAACCUCAGGGAAAAGCCAGAACCAAGUCUCUUUCUUUUUCUUUUCGCAUCACGUGUGUGUGUGUGUUCUGUAAGCGCGGCGGGUCCUGGGGACACUGGCCUGGGACGGAAGGGCAGCGCUUCGACACCGCCGCCGGGCUGUUUUUCCCACACACUUUCUUUGACUUUUUGGUGGACAAGCCGAGUCCAUCUUUGAAAUCUGCGGAGCGCCAUGCGAAACUGGUGACGGGGGAUUAAAACACAUGUAGAGGCUCCGAUCGGCGCCGUCGGACAUGCUGCAUUCCUGCGAAGAGCCGCAGCGGAACAAGUUAGGACCGGACAACAGUGCAUCGCUGUGCUUGAUUCCUCUGGAGUGCAUUCGACUGUUUUGAACGUUCGCAAGAUCCUGUGAAAGUGCUGGAAGCCCGUAGUGUUGCGUCGGAAAGAGCGCAGCAUGCAGUAACCACCUCCGUUUGCACCGCUGCUCCUCGUUCGGCGUUUUGGCCUCAUGACAUCGCCGUGCUCUCAUUGCUGAGGUGUGCUCUGUUUUUCCAGUCCUGGAGAAGAAUGUGGGAUGGGAUCCAGCCUGACAAUCAGCACCCCGCUGCCAUUACUCCAACAAGAAGCAACACAUUCCGCGGGCCCUCGGCCGCCUGCCUUUACAUGCGCCAGGGACUUGUUUACAAUUCCCUCUCCUGUCGACUCGCAGGACCCGUACAUCGUAUUAUUUUUGUUGCUUUGGACAAAAAAAAAAAAGAAAAUUACAUGAGAGCUGUUAAUUCAUUUUAUUCAGUUUGCGGGCACGUUUUGAUGUAUCGCCUUCAGUUUAGACUUGUCUGCUUAUUUCAACUCGUCUGGUGCGAGUGAUACUUGGCAGCUCCCAGGGAAUGGGACAGCAGUCUCCUGCCUCGCAGUUCAUCCCCCAGCUGUGCAGCGGUCUGAAGGAGGCAAGAGCAGCGGUCUAGAACGCGCGCAGGGGGGACUGGUCGGGCGCGAGUCCCCGGCGGCCCCAGCAUGCCUUUCAGGAUCCGUCUCCGACGCCACCGGCGCUACAACGUCCUGAGCAAGAACUGCUUUGUGACACGCAUCCGUCUGCUGGACAACAAUGUCAUCGAAUGCACCCUGUCCGUGGAAAGCACGGGACAAGAGUGUCUGGAGGCUGUGGCACAGAGACUGGAGCUCCGCGAGACGCACUACUUCGGCCUGUGGUUCCAGAGCAAAUCUCAGCUCCAGCGGUGGGUGGAGUUGGAGAAAGCCCUCAAGAAGCAGCUGGAUAAGUUCGGCAACGAGCCUCUGCUGUUCUUCGGUGUCAUGUUCUACGUGCCAAAUGUGUCCCGCUUGGAGCAGGAGGUCACGAGGUAUCAGUAUUACCUUCAAGUGAAAAAGGAGAUCCUGGACGGGCGGCUGCAGUGCACCGUUGAGCAGGGCAUCCGGUUAGCCGGCCUGGCUGUUCAAGCCGACUUUGGAGACUUCACCCAGUUUCAGUCCCAGGAUUUCCUCAGGGAAUAUGUGCUGUUUCCAGUGAACUGGCCUCACGUGGAAGAGGUGCUGGAAGAGUGGACACAGAAGGUGGCAGAGGAGCACAAGAGUCACUGUGGAAUGCAGCCUGCGGAAGCGGAGCUGCUGUACAUUAAGGAAGUGGAGCGGCUGGACGGCUAUGGACAGGAGAGCUUCGCCGCCAAGGACAACUACACCAACGACCUCUACAUCGGCGUUUCCUUCAUUGGCGUCUUCGCCAAGCACAGGAACGGAAGGUCCAUCAUGCUGCACAGGUGGAAGGACAUUGGCAACAUCGGGCACAACAAGUCGGCCAUCACCGUGGAGAUAACCAGCAAAGACGACACCAUGAUGUUCCACACGGAAGACAUGGAAAUGGCCAAAUACAUCGCUAGACUCUUCACUGCCAGACAUAAGUUCUACAAACAAAAUAAAAUCUGCACAGAGCCAGCUCACUCCCCGGUGCAAAUCCGGAGACGACCUACGUGGACUGGCUCUUCGCUGCAGAGACCUCACUCCUGUGUUCUCCAACCCAUGCACCCCAAGUACGGAGAGCCCUACCAGGACACCCAGAGUUCUCAAGACAGUAUUUUUCACGAAGACUUGUAUUACAAGUCUGAGACGAGCCUGGACCGUUGUCCGGUGGACUUUGCCUUCCGCAAUGGGACGGUGCCCAACGGCAGCGUAUACAGCACACCCAGCAUGAACUCUCUGAAUCACUCGCAGACGUUCAUGCAGGCCUCCCCAAUGUCCUCCAGCCUCAGCAUCCCAGGCAGUGACGUCAUGCGGCCCGACUACAUCCCCAGCCACCGGCACAGCGCCAUCAUCGCCCCCUCGUACCGGCCCACACCUGACUACGAGGCUGUCAUGCGGCAGAAGAGGCACGUAAUGCCCCCUGACUGUCAUAGCCAGUCGCUGCGCAACCUCAACAUCAGCAAUGCGUACGCUUACCGACAGCCAGAGGCCCUGGUGUACAGCCAGCCCGAGAUGCGUGAGCGGGCCCAGUACCCCGGUCCCUACAAUCCCCCGGUGAGCUACAGCAGGCCAGUGGUGCCCUCCACCCACGUAAACCCGGGGUGUGGCCCUGCUGCCGGCCAGGCUGCCGGCACCGCGAUAUCCCACACGGUCAGCACACCAGAGCUAGCCAACACGAAGCAGCAGGGUGCCCAGGGCUACAACGCCACCCACAUGCUGCGGAACCACCUGUCUCGGCCCCCGCCGCCCUACCCGACCUUCCGGCCGGCCACCAGCACCCCUGACCUGGCCAGCCAUCGGCACCGCUGCAUGGGGGGCAGCAGCCCGGAGCUCGUUACCCGCAAGGUGCAGCUGUCUGUGAAGACCUUUAAGCCGGACAGCUCGGCGGUGGUUCACCAGUCCCUGCAGGAGGUGAGCGAGCCGCUGACGGCUGUCAAACACCACUCGGCGCUGGGCAAGCGACCGAGCCUGGAAGUGAUCAGCAGUAUGGUGCGGGGCAUGGAAGCCAUGGCGCUCAAGACGCUUAAUGCUCCCCUGCCUCGUAGAAACACCCUGAGAGAACAGGCAGCUCCGCCCCCAGUGACACCCCCAGCCCCGCCACCUGAGGUACCCCCCCAGAAGGCCCCUGAGGCACCUGUCCCGUACCAGCACAAGAAGACCUUCUCCAAUGCCACCAUGCUCAUUCACAGCAGUGAGAGCGAGGAAGAGGAGGAGUCCCCAGACUUGGACGUCCAGAUCCCGGGGCUCAACGAAGACAUCAGCGUCCAGCUGCAGGCUGCCUUGGCCAAGAUCCCCAACAAGCCCCCACCAGAGUACCCUGGACCCAGGAAGAGUGCAAGCAGCAGUGGCCUCAGGCAUGACCGUGGCCGCGACCGUGGUCCAGACCGCAGCCACGAUUGCAGCCCCGCUGCGGAGGAGGCUGCCUGUGCGGGUGCGAUGAAAGCAGGCCAGAGCCAGACCGGCACCCUAACUCGGGCCGAUCCCACGAAUCUCAACGGGACCCUGCUGGGACCAUCCAUUUCUGAGCCGGACCUGACUAGCGUGAAGGAGCGCGUCAGGAAGGAGCCGGUCAAGGAGAGGCCCGUGUCCGAGAUGUUCUCCAUUGAAGACAGCAUUGUGGAGAGUGAAAUCAGACUGAGGACACUGGAGAAACAGAAGAUGUCAGUGGACUCCUUGAAGAGGCCUCUCAUGAUGGCGGCGCUGAAUGGACUGUAUGUGGCCCGGAUGCCGGUUCCGGAGAACCAGCAGGAGGACCUUGUCAAGUCGUCCACAGAGGAACUGUGUAAGCUCCUAGAGCGGAAGGUCCAGGAGGACCGGGUGUUCACUGAGUAUGAGCAGAUCCCCAAGAAGAAGGCCGACUGCGUGGUCACCACGGCCAUGUUGCCGGACAAUGCUGAGCGAAACCGCUUCCGGGACGUGGUGCCGUAUGAGGAGAAUCGCGUGGAGUUGGUGCCCACCAAGGAGAACAACACCGGUUACAUCAAUGCCUCGCAUAUCAAGGUUACUAUCAGCGGAGAGGAGUGGCACUACAUCGCCACGCAGGGGCCACUACCAAACACUUGCCAGGACUUCUGGCAGAUGGUCUGGGAGCAGGGUGUUAAUGUCAUCGCCAUGGUUACCGCCGAGGAGGAAGGGGGGCGAUCGAAGAGCCACAGGUACUGGCCCAAGCUGGGUUCCAAGCACAACUCGGCCACCCACGGCAAGUUCAAGGUGACCACCAAGUUCCGCACGGACUCGGGUUGUUACGCCACAACGGGACUCAAGGUGAAGCACCUGCUCUCCGGUCAGGAGAGGACCGUGUGGCACCUGCAGUACACGGACUGGCCUGACCUCGGCUGCCCCGAAUACGUCCAGGGAUUCCUCUCGUACCUGGAGGAGAUCCAGUCAGUGCGUCGCCACACCAACAGCAUGCUGGACACGUCCCGGAGCCUGAACCCUCCCAUCGUGGUGCACUGCAGCGCAGGCGUUGGUCGCACUGGAGUGGUCAUCCUGACUGAGCUCAUGGUCAGCUGCGUGGAGCACAAUGAGAAGGUGGAGAUCCCCAUGAUGCUCGCCCGACUCCGUCAGCAGCGCAUGCUCAUGGUCCAGACCAUCUCCCAGUACAAGUUUGUCUACCAGGUCCUGAUCCAGUUCCUCAAGAACUCCCGGCUAAUCUGACCCAGAGAAGCUCCUCGCCCGAGUCCAUCGCGGUGGCUUUACGUUUUAAACAAGUUCGGUUUAGACUCGUCACCUCGGAAACGGUUCUUUCCAGCCACUUCUUUCGCAUGUCUUAUUUUUGAAGUUCCUUCUUCUUUACUUUUCUCACUCUCUGCUUACUGUAUCAUACAAAAUGAGCUUUUUGGCGACCAAGGACUCUCUCUAAUGUCUCAAGUUGUUUUACUCUCACAUUUUUACCAUGUAUACAUUUUAAGAGAAAGCUGUGUAAAAAGCUGUGAGGAUUAACAUACGGACCAGUGAGUUCCUUAUUUUUCUUAAAAUCACAAAAAUGAUUGUUGAAUUUGUAAAAAAUGAUGGGUUGCAUGCUUGACUGAAUAGCAGGUAAAAAGUGAUAGCUUUUUUUUUUUUCUAAAUGCUUUGAAUUUUCGAACACUGAUAAGUUGAAAGAAAAAAUAGUUCAGUUUUUACGGUUGAUAUGCGCUUUAAUAUUCCACGUGUUAAGAAGCUAGUAGCACAGGACAACAUACAAUCGCCUUAUGGAAAGUAACUGUUUCACGGAACUGAUUUAUGCAGCUUGUUGACAAUGACGGGCGAUACGAUCGCUCUCCCUGCCCAUCUCUGUCGCCGCACCUUCUUAGGUGAAUACGCAUUGAACUAAGCGAUAGUGCAGGUGCAUUUCGCCGAAGAUGAGAGAACAACUACGACGGAUUGCCCUUCCAGGAGGCGUCAGUAAAUAUUUUUUUUAGGCUACAGCUUCACAGUAUUGCAAUACUGAACCGUUCUAUGGCAGAUAACUGUAAAAUACUAUUGUCGAGACAUUUCAAUAUUUAAUUUUUUAAUAUUCUAUUUUAUUACUUUAAUUUAUUUUACUUCACAUUUAAUCUUACACUUGUUCUCUUCUGUAAAGUGAAUGUUGACAUUUCCAAGCAGAUUCGAGGUCUGACCGGGAUAGACUGAGUGUGUACACAUCUGGAUUUAGCAGCUGCCGCAGUCUUCGUCAAGUACUUUUUUUUUUGUGGUGAAGGUUUACAGUUCGUUUUCCCCCCUCUUUGUUUUAUAUUUUGGCACCAGUGUUUAAUUUUCUAAAUUCUCCUAAGCUACUUUAAAUUCCUAAUGUAUUAUCAGAUUUUCUCUUGUGAAAUGUUUUAAUUUUGCAGAUUAUGUGGAUUUCUGUAAUUUCGUUCCUAAAGAAAAGUCUUUCUUCGUGUAUUUGCAUUUUGAGUUACCUCUAUACGACUGAACCUGCUUGGAAUGUUUUAUUUGAGCUGAAAAUGUUUAAAAGAAGAAAAAAAAAAAAAGACAAGAAAGCCUUUGUAUUUCGUUAUGUGCUCGAGUUUAUAUACGUAAGAAAAUGGAGGGAUAUGUUACUGUACAGCCGUUUCUACCUGGUCGUCUUACUUUUUCUAUUCACUUAGUGCUCGGUGGAUGUUGGUAAUGAACUAUCAAAGCCUGCAUUUCAUAUCGUACAGUAUCAGUGUAAAGUUUGAGUACGCUGCUGGAAAUUAGUUUUUUUUUCCACCCACAACGUGCUUUGCUCUCACUUUCCUGUCCACUUUGUCCUGUACAGGUAUUGGCCCAAGAGCCCAGCUGUGCUCACACACUUUCCACUGCUACUGUAUGUUCAUGAUGCUCUUUCCUGCACGGUGUUACUGCCCUAAGUGUUUCCACAUGGUUAUAUGGAAUUCCAGCACAAGAUUUCCAAGUUUUUUUUUUUUUUAUUUUUAUUUAAUUAGGUGGGGAAAAAACAUAUUCAUGACCAGUUCAGUUUUUAUCAUGGUAGAAAGUCACCUGGGACGGCUGUACCAUCCAAAGUGGAGUGAAAGAAUAAGUUGAUGGUACAGUGUCUUCCUCAGUGUCAGACACAGCCUAUUGCUCAUCCAGCAGGAGGUGUGUGUGUGUGUGUGUGUGUGUGUGUGUGUGUGUGUGUGUGUGUGUGUGUGUGUGUGUGGAGAGACCUUCUUUUUACUUUCAGGGGUUUCCCUUCAUAAAGAUUUUUCUCAUCACCUUGGACUCAAAACAAAAAAAAAAAA